UUCUCAGUCUGCCACCAUUUUGUUAGCUGCUUUUUCUUUUUUCAAAUAAUUUAGCUUCCCGCCUGAAUAAUGAAUUUACCUUUUCUUAGUAAUGGCAAUAAUCUUAAAACCAACGCAUCGACAGGAUCGGAUUAAGAAAAUCGAGGUUUUACGGAAGAACACGGUGGAUAUUUUUAGGCGGCGCCAAGCGUAGUGGCUGUCCGUGUCUCUAUGGUCUGCCGGGCCGGUUCGCUGCGCAGGUUUGGAACGCGCGCCAUUUUGUGAAAUUUACAAAAAAUCCUGUCCAAGAAAACAAGGUUUAUAGCUAAAUUGGUUGUUAUUAAAAAUUGUUUUUGAGGCUGUAUAUUAUUGGAGACCGGAGUCGCCGAGAGAUAAAAAAUCCUGUGGUUAGAUCUGAAUGUAUGUUUCUUCAGGCUUAGAUCGAAUAACUUUGUGUUUAGCCAGCUAGCUGGCUAGUUGACGGAGAGGCGCUGUUGAUUUGGAAACUGAAUUGACACCGAGUCAGAGGAGUGAGGGUUGUUGGUUGGGAAAUCUGGGGGGCUCCUUGGAGAAGAGAAGCUGGAUCCCUUACUUCGACCUACGGGUUCCAGGACUUUAAACGAAGAUUGUUUUUUACAAAUAGAAAAGGUGAUACGUACCGACACAGAUCCACACCAAUGAUUGUGCUGGCUAUAGACAAACUAGAGCACCCAACAGUGAGAAUCUCUGUUGUAAAGGAAGGGGUAUUUUCACCCGGGAACCACUUGCAAGUUGGCUUAGUGGGUUGUGGUUUGCUGCUGGACUCUCCUCCCAGGAUGAUAUGAGAUUUAACAGGAGACGAUGCAUACAGGAGGAGAGACUUCAGCAUGCAAACCUUCAUCCGUCCGGCUCGCACCCUCGUUUUCUUUCCAUGCCGCUGGGCUACAGAUGGCCACUCAGAUGCCCCAUUCGCUCCAGCAGUACAGUGACCGUCACCAGCAGAGUACGGACCAGUCCGUCACCGUGCUGCCCUACAGCGAACAGACGCAGCAGCCCGUCGCCAACCAGGUGACCCCUGAUGUUGUCAUGUUACAGAGGCGCAUGCCCCAAUGCUUUCGUGACUCAGCCUCCGCUCCCUUGAGGAAGCUCUCCAUUGACCUGAUCAAAACCUACAAACACAUCAAUGAGGUAUACUAUGCAAAAAAGAAACGAAGACACCAACAGGGCCAAGGCGAUGACUCUAGCCACAAGAAAGAGAGGAAGGUGUAUAACGAUGGCUAUGACGAUGACAACUACGACUACAUUGUUAAAAAUGGGGAGAAGUGGAUGGACCGCUAUGAAAUCGAUUCCUUAAUAGGCAAAGGGUCAUUCGGACAGGUUGUAAAAGCAUACGACCGCGUCGAGCAGGAGUGGGUGGCAAUUAAGAUCAUCAAGAACAAGAAGGCUUUUCUAAAUCAAGCCCAGAUUGAAGUGCGGCUUCUCGAGCUCAUGAACAAACAUGACACGGAGAUGAAGUACUACAUAGUUCACUUGAAGCGUCACUUCAUGUUCCGGAACCACCUCUGCCUAGUUUUUGAGAUGCUGUCGUACAACCUGUACGACCUGCUGCGGAAUACCAACUUCCGAGGCGUGUCGCUGAACUUGACCCGCAAGUUCGCCCAGCAGAUGUGCACGGCGCUGCUGUUCCUGGCCACGCCCGAGCUCAGCAUCAUCCACUGUGACCUGAAGCCAGAGAACAUCCUCCUGUGCAACCCCAAGAGAAGCGCCAUCAAGAUCGUCGACUUCGGGAGCUCCUGCCAACUGGGGCAAAGGAUAUACCAGUACAUUCAGAGUCGCUUCUACCGCUCCCCUGAAGUGCUGCUGGGAAUGCCUUAUGACCUGGCCAUAGACAUGUGGUCCCUGGGCUGCAUUCUGGUGGAGAUGCACACUGGAGAGCCUCUCUUCAGCGGAGCCAACGAGGUGGAUCAGAUGAAUAAAAUAGUUGAAGUGCUUGGUAUCCCUCCCAGUCACAUACUGGAUCAGGCGCCCAAAGCCAGGAAGUUCUUUGAGAAAAUGUCUGACAGCACGUGGAGUGCAAAGAAGACCAAAGAUGGCAAAAGGUAUAAGCCUCCGGGCUCCCGGAAGCUCCACACCAUCCUGGGGGUGGAGUCGGGCGGCCCCGGGGGGCGACGGGCGGGGGAAUCGGGCCACGCCGUACCCGACUACUUGAAGUUCAAGGACCUCAUCUUAAGAAUGCUGGACUACGACCCCAAGGGCCGCAUCCAGCCCUACUACGCCCUGCAGCACAGCUUCUUCAAGAAGACGGCCGACGAGGGGACCAACACGAGCAGCAGCGUGUCCACCAGCCCCGCGCUGGAGCAGUCGCAGUCUUCAGGAACCACGUCCAGCACGUCCUCCAGCUCAGGGGGUUCGUCCGGGACGAGCACCAGUGGCAGGGCGAGGUCCGACCCCACCCAUCAGCACAGGCACAGCGGGGGGCACUUCAGUGCAGCGGUGCAGGCCAUGGACUGCGAAAACGUCUGUCCACAGGUGAGACAGCCGUACCCCCCGCCUGUGGGCUGGGCGGGCAGCGACGGGCCUCAGCAGGUGACGGUGGAGACCCACCCAGUCCAGGAGACCACCUUCCACGUGCCUCCUCAGCAGCCCAAGGCCUUGCACCCCCUGGCCGGCAGCAACAGCUCCCACCACCACCAUCACCACCACCACCACCAUCACCACCACGGACAGGGCCUGCCCGCCCGGCCUCGCCCGCGCCUCUACAACUCCCCCACCAACAGCGCCUCCACGCAGGACUCCAUGGAGGUGGUCCACGGCCACCUGUCCAUGACCUCCCUGUCUUCCUCCGCCUCCUCGUCCUCCACAUCUUCCUCCUCCACCGGGAACCAGGGCAACCAGGCCUACCAGAACCGCCCGGUCGCUGCCAACGCCUUGGACUUUGGCCAAAACGGCAGCAUGAACAUGGGAUUGGGUGCCUUCUCGAAUCCCCGCCAAGAGACUGGCAUAGCAGGACAUCCUACGUACCCUAUUGCCACGAACACGGGGCCUGGUCACUAUAUAACGGAGGGCCACUUGGGCAUGAGACAGGGGAUCGACCGGGAGGAGUCUCCCAUGGCCGGAGUGUGUGUUCAGCAGAGUUCUGUGGCUAGUUCGUGACUAAACUGAGAAUGGGUUUUUUUUUCUGUGUGUAUUUUUUAAGGUGGUGUUUUUAAAAAAAAUUAAAUAAAAGUGCAUAGAGAUCAAAA